AUGUCUGACGAGAAAAAGGGAGAAAGCGAACACAUCAACUUGAAAGUCUUAGGUCAAGAUAAUGCCAUUGUGCAAUUCAAAAUCAAAAAACACACUCCAUUGAGAAAAUUGAUGAAUGCUUAUUGCGAUAGAGCGGGUUUAUCAAUGCAAGUGGUGCGAUUCAGGUUUGACGGGCAGCCAAUCAAUGAGAAUGACACGCCAACAUCACUGGAGAUGGAGGAAGGAGACACAAUAGAGGUUUACCAACAGCAGACUGCAAACACAGCUCAAUACGCACAUUACGUGUUCAACACGUUGGACCAAGACAGAAGCGGCUUAUUAAGUUUUGAGGAAUUCGUGACGGGUCUCUCGAUAUUAUCUAGGGGAACCUUAGAAGAAAAGUUGCGCUGGACAUUCUCACUGUAUGAUAUAAACGGCGACGGGUGCAUCACUAAAGAAGAAAUGACUGAAAUAGUGACAGCUAUUUACGACCUGAUGGGGAAAAUCGUCGAACCCCUUGUCGACGAUGAUGUGGUCCAAGAAAAAGUAGAGCGACUUUUUCAAAAAAUGGACUUAAACCGAGACGGUGUGCUGACGCUAGAUGAGUUCCUGGACUGCUGCAUUCGAGAUGAAGACAUUUCAAGGUCAAUGGGCGUGUUCGACAGCAAUUUCUGA